AUGAGUGAAGAAAAUAUAACAUCAAAAGAAAUUAAUGAAAGAAAAAUAGAAGAGAAAUCAGAUAAAGAAGAAAAGAAAAUUAGAAAACAAAGAUAUAAAAAAGAAGAAGAAAUUAUUGGAAAUCCAUUAGAAGAAUAUUUUGAGAAAGUAUCUAAAAAUGUUGCACCAUAUAAUCCAAUAGGAAGAGCAGAAGAAGAAAUUGAAGAAGGAUUUUCACAAAAAAGUAUAAUUUAUAUUAAUAAAUUAUUUGCUGAUGCAGCACAAGAAAGAAAUUAUGGAAAAGUUAUUUAUUUAUAUAAAAAAUUAAUUGAAAGUGGUAUUAAAGAAGAUCUUCAUACAAUUACUAAUAUUAUUAAUUCAGCUGCUAGAGUUGGUGAUGGAAUUUUAGUAGAUAAAACAUGGAUAAGAAUGAAACAAUUAGGAUUAAAAGCAAAUGAAGUCACAAGAACUGUUUCAGUUAAAGGAUAUUUUGCAGCUGGUUUAGUUGAAAAAGCAAUGUAUACUUAUUAUUGUAUGGAUAAUAGAAAUAAUAUUAGAAGUAUUAAUGCAGCAAUUAGAGGAUUAUUAAGAUUAGGAAAUUCAAAACAAAUUCAUACAUUUACAAAACAUCCUAUUAAUGCAGAAGAUAUGACUACAAAAGAAUAUCUUACUGGAUUAUAUUCAAUAGAACAAGAAAUUUCAUUAAUUAGAAAAAUUAUGGAAAGUAUUAAUAAUGAAGAAGAAAUGUCACCUACUUCUUUAAUUAAUUUAGCUACAUUAAAUUGUCUUAUUGGAGAUGUAGAAACAGGAGAUUUAUUAUUAAAAGAAUUUGAAGAUAUUUCUAAAAGAGAAACAGAUGCUAGAAAAUCAAUUCGUUUAUUUAAAAAACAUCAAAUUGCUCAAUUAAGAAAUAGAAGAAAACAUAUUAGAACAUUUAUAUUAAAUACUCAAACUAUUUUAAAAGAACAACGAAAGAAAUAUUCAUUUAAUAAAUCAAA